UGAGUGGAGUUAUAUUUCCAUUCAGUAGACGGCGCUAAUACAAUAUUGCCAUUGCAAUAUCUAAAAACCAUCGAAGAAGAAGACGCUUCCGCUUGAAGGCGGAACAGGCGCCAAAAUCGAAAACGUUUUUCCUGUUAAAGCAAAGCCGAGAAGCUGAAAAUGGACCCGACGACACGGUUCUUUGCCAAGCUGAAAAAGCUAGCGGUGACUCUAGAAUCAGAAACUGCCAAGCUCCAGCAAGCUUUUGAAAACCGAAACAACGACUGUGACAGCGAAACCACAGCGAGAGCGAUGCGAGCAUAUCACGAACUGAACUGUGACGCUGCCAAUCUGAAGGGACAGAUCCAGGAACAGCUGGCUGAGCAGAAAGCGCAGGAUUAUGAGGUGAGCAGCUUCAUUAAGGCCUGUAGAGUGAUGGAACAGAAGGUCACUAAGGACAUCCAGGGACUGAAGGCACACUGGGAAAAAUAUGGUUACCAAGCUCCUCAAGACACCCAGAGAGCAACCAGAGCCAAAAGUCAGGAGUCAGAUGCUGAAGAUGAGCUAGCAGAUGAAAGCGAGUCAACGGGAGGCGAAGACGGAAGCCAGGAGGAGAAUGGAGAUAAUUACCCCUCGUCACCUCCCACAGCGGGACCGCCACCCGUCACUGACGUGCUGCGAACGCCGCAGCUCUCUGACUUCGGUCUGUCUGAAAUGCAUCUGAAGAGAGCUCUAGCUGGGGCUGAGUGGUGCACUGAAGUGCCGCCUAUGCCAGAGAUAAUGCUCCCUCAGCCCUCACUCAACACCCCAGCACCACCACCGUUGCCUUUAACUCCCAAAUGUGCCCUGCGGAUGGAUGACGACGAGCUUCAGACACCCCAGAUGCAUAACUUUGGCAUCUCGGAGCACACCAUGUGUUUGAUCAAUGAUUUCACUAUGGAUCUGGUCCAAAAGAAUGUUGAAGCGCCCCCAAGACCCACACAAGACAUACCCGCACCACCAAUGAACUCACUAAUGGAGGGUUUUCAGGCUAAAGCAGACGGCUUAGAGUCCCCAGAGCUGCCUGUGCUUUGCACCCCGGGUUUCAAAAUCAAAAGGACAAAAAGUCACUGCUCCCCACCUGUGCAAGACAAUGGUGACCCAGAAUCUCCUGAUUGCCCUAGAAAAGCACCUACAACCCCUGAGGUCCCAGCAUUUCAAACCCCAUAUCUGAACCAACUCGUCAGUGCCAAAAAGAGCACACGGCAGCCUGAGCCUGCCAAGAUGCAAGGUGAUGAUGAUAGCCACACCUUCGAGCUUCCGACACCUCCUCGUAACGGAUCGGCCGGCUCCAAACGCACCUGGGAAUGCAAAGUGCCAGAAAUACCCUUCCUGGGUGUGGAGGACAAGCAGAUGCCAGAGAUGCCAAACCUGGAGUCUGUUUUGGGGAAUUCUUUACGAAGUAGAACUGCCAAAAUGCUGAAGCAGACUAGCGAUCAUGGAAAGGGGAUUAAGGAGCCCACAGUCAACAGCAUGGAGCUGGAUGGACCAACCCAGGAGUUCAGUUUGGGGACACCUCGCCUCAGGAAGGACUUCCAAGAGCCCACCACGCCAGAAAUGCCAGACCUCAGCUCUGUUACACAGGACAUCUGUAAACUUGUGUCACAGGCUCAGUCGAAGAAGACUGCCAUGGCAGUUGUUCAGCCACACGUCAGGGCAGAAAAUGUUAAAAAUAGUCCUCUUCCAGUAGCUGCAAGUGUGUCUGUGGUCUCAGAGAGUGAGUUCCAGAGUCUUCCCAGCUACCUGAGACAGAUGACUCUGCACAGCCUCAACCAGGCCAUCCGAAACAUCAACGAAUUCGUUGCAGACGGUCCGGGAGGAAAGACAGAGUUACAGAUGGAGGAGCUGAGGAGGAUUACCAAUGUUGGAACCAAGACCCCUGUGUACAUCCUCUGUCUGACUGAGCUCAAAAGGCUCACGCACGUUGGAGGAGCCAAGAACACCUCUGUGUACAAACUGAGCACUCACAACUAAAUGUGGUGUGGACGUAUCACACUUUGUCCGUUCCUUCGAGACUCAAACACCUGCUUGUACUUUCAUCUCUAAGUUACUGAGGUGCUGAUCUGUCUCUUGAGCCUGUAUCAAUAUACACUGCAAGAAGAAGAAGACUUCACAAGAAGAAAGUGGACUUGGUAACUUUUGCAAGUACUGAUGUAUGUAUUAAUAGUCAUUAAUUUGCCCCUGAGUGGCUUUAUUCUGGUUUUGAACUGACCUGUACAUUGUAAAUUCAUAACACAUUAGCACAUAGAUGUAAAUGAAAGUGUAGCAUAUUAACGACUAAUGAUGGAUAGAAUAAAAAAAAGACAAGACUUAAAGUUGA